AUGCAACAUGAUACUAAAAUUUCGUACAAUGAAAUAAGCGAUGAUUUGAAUUUGAAAACAAUACUGCGUCUGAAUUUUCAAAAUCUUGGAGUCAUACUGGAUUACGACUGUCCAAAUAGCGAUGUUAUACUAGAUCAGAUAACCAGCGAGCCGACUCCCGACUUUGAAACCUUUAUAUCAACACCCAUAAAUCGUCAUCUUGAUACGAUGUCUCGUAUCAACUUGAAGCGUGAUGUAAGUUGGGGAUACAUGAUAAACGGAUCAUUCGACGGCAUCCUUGGUGACAUGGAAAAAGGUAUUGUCGAUAUUAGUGCUUCGCCAUUACAAUUUAAACCAGAGCGAAUGGAAGUCUGUGAGUUUACAGUACACAUCCUGGAUGUCAGAACAACAUUUUUUUUUCGACAUCCAACAAAAAAUGAUCUGCAGAAUGGAUUUUUGAAACCGUUCGACAAAAGUUUGUGGUUCAUAGUACUCGGUGUCGCAGGUGUUUAUUGGUUUGUUCUUUUCUUGACAACCAGAGCUGAAUUGUACGUAAAAGGCUCGGAAAUUCCUGACAAUUCUUUGAUGUCAUUACCAGCGACUGAGACCAGUCUCAUUACCAUGGCUGCACUUUUUCAACAAGGAGCAAGUGAUGGUCCGCGCAUUAUUUCUGGGCGCAUUGCUUUCUUAUCUUUGUUCUUGUGGACCCUUCUUCUCUACCAAUUCUACUCUGCCACAAUUGUUGGGUUUCUGUUGGCACCUCCAGCCCGCUGGAUCACUACUUUGAAGAAUCUAACAGACAGUAGUCUAAGCUGCGCUAUGGAAGACAUGCCGUACUAUAAAGAUUUUUUCGCCACCACGGAUUUGCCACUCUCGAUUGAGCUUCAUGAGAAAAAAAUAAAACCUACCAAGAAGUUGCCUCAGGGAUCUUAUUUUCGAGAUCUAGACGGAAUGCGCAAAGUCCGGGAUGAAGGAUUAGCUUUUCAUAUUGAUAUUGCCAAAGCUUAUAAAAUAAUCCAAGAUACAUUUACAGAAGAUCAAAUAUGCGAACUUCAAGAAAUAGAUAUACGGGAACCACGAAAUGUAUACGUUAUAACUUCAAGACAUUCUCCAUUUAAAAAAAUGACAACAUAUGCGUAA